AUGGCCGACAGGGUGCUCAGAGACUCAUCGCGGGACUGCUGCAACUGGGCCUGCAACAGCGGCUGGGGCUGGGGUUGGGGCGGGGCGGCGGCCGGCUGCUUGGUUGGCAUGGCAAUAGGCCAGAAGGGAGUGGGAGUGGGAGUGGGAGUGGGAGUGGGUGCACGGGGGAAACUCGAAGCGUUUCCUGCGGCGUUCAAACGGGAGUGCGCAGUGACGAAGGCUGGGUUGACUUGUGUUGUGCAGGUUGACAAAGACAUUUGUGAGGCAAUUUCCAUCAAAGGGAAACCGGAGCAUCCAUCGGAAUGUUAUCCAUGUACAGCCCCAGCACGGAACAUCUGGUAA